UUUACAGCAAUGAAGUGUCUUUUGUAUACUUGCGUGUUUUUGGCUCCAGUUUUUCAGACAUCUAUUUCUAAAUACUUGACCUGCAAACCACAUGGAAAAUUUCAGUUUAAUGGGUUAUUCAAACCUGGUGAUAUUAUGCUGGGAGCAAUAUUUGCAGUUAAUUUUAAAGCAAUACCCCCAGAAUUAAGCUUCAUAUCUAAACCUGAACAAUGGAAAUGUGAAAGUUUUGACCUUGCUGUAUUCCAAAGAGCACAGACCAUGGUGUUUGCAAUUGAAGAAAUAAACAAGGAUCCUGCUCUUUUGCCAAAUAUAACUUUGGGAUACAGACUCUACGACAACUGUGUGAACCUGCAGGAAGCCAUGCGAGCUGCGGCAACUCUUAUUGGCGGAGAGGAGGAGGUUAAUGAUGAUUCCAGCUGUGAUGGAGUUCCUCCUGUAGUUGCUAUUCUUGGUGAUCCAUUAUCAACACAUUCCAUUGCCAUAUCAAGGGCUGUGAGUUUAUUCAAGAUUCCUCUGGUCAGUUAUUGUGCAACUUGUUCAUGUUUAAGUGAUAAGCAGGAAUUUCCUACAUUCCUGCGGACAAUCCCAAGUGACACAUUUCAGGUGAAAGUGAUGGCUGAAAUUAUGAAUUACUUUGGAUGGACCUGGGUUGGAGCUGUAGGAACUGAUGAUGACUAUGGGUUAUAUGCUCUGACCAGUUUCAACAAAGAAGUGAAAAAAUUUGGUUGUGUUGCAUUCUCAGAAACAUUAAAGACAAACGAUAGAGCAAGACUGCUUCAGGUCAUUAGUGUUAUAAAACAAUCAUCUGCCAAAAUCAUUGUUUUGUUUCUAACAAAAACUAUCAUGGGAACAUUUAUAAAAGAAGCUGUUCUUCGAAAUAUUACUGGCAAGCAAUGGAUAGCAUGUGAUUUGUGGAGUGCUUAUCCUUCACUGGCCAGCAAUGAUAAUUUUGACUUUUUUGGUGGAACCAUCGGGAUCAUUGCAAGAAGAGGCUCCAUUCCAGGGUUUGAAAAAUUCCUCCGUGAUAUUCAGCCUACUUCAGAUGUCAAAAACAACCUCUACAGUCAGUUUUGGGAAACAAUAUUUCAAUGUAAAUUCAAAAACUCAUCAGUGGCAGGAGAUGGAAAAGUGUGCACAGGGACAGAAGACAUGAAAAGCAUCAAAAAUGAAUAUAGCGAUGUGUCACAAUUGAGAGCUUCCUACAACGUUUAUAAAGCUGUGUAUGCCCUAGCACAUGCCCUGCAUAACAUAGUAAUUUGUAAAGACAGAGAAGGGCCUUUUGAGAACAACACAUGUGCAGACAUUAGAAAGGUGCAGCCCUGGCAGGUAAGGGAAUCCAGAAGCACUUAUUAA